CCCUCGUGCAGUAUACACAGGUUCGCGGGCACUCGUGCAUCCUAUCUCAAACAUCGCAUGUGGUGCCACCACAGGAGUCGGCCACCACCCACUCGCCCGGUGCGGCCUCGCGCAUCAGAAAUGGACAGUGCUCUUCGUGGAUCUUGAAGCCCAUGUUGUCUGCCUUCAUGAAGCCGAGUGUCAAUCUGUCUCCGUCUCCACAAAACCCCCCUGUGUCGCUUCUCUUCAGCUUCGAGAUCAGCUCCUCCAAGUAAAAGUUCGAGCGCCUCGAGGACGGCUGCGCGUAGGGAUAGCGGAGCGUCCGAAUGUGGAAGUGCAGCGUGCUGUAGUAGGUGGCGGGUGGGUAAUGACAGAAGACCACCUCAGGAGCACCAAGGUCUCCCAGCCAUUCGUUGCUGGACUCGAGCAGCGCAUGCAGCAGAGGCAAAUCUCGAGCAGCUCGAAGAUCACGCAUGGUGUGCAAAUAACCCUCGCAUCUGGGGACCGAGCUGCACGUGUAAUUCGCACGUGAGGCAGGCUCCGAGGGCGCCGGGCCCCUUUUUUCCUUCAGCUCUGUUAGCCAUUCGGACACAGAAGGGACCCAAUCUGGAGGUACCCACCUGAACAACAACACACACACACACACACACACACACAGAGGGAGAUAGAGAGAGACACGCUCCAUGCAGAGAUACAGUCGUUGCUUUUCUCCCUUUCUUACCAAGCAAUGAGUGCAUAUCCUGACUCCUUUGUCGGAAGACCGUCAUGCCGAGGCCCCUUGACCGUAGAGAGGAGCGCCUUCUGCCCCAUCUCUUCAUGGAGCUGCACAGUGUGGGGGUCGUGAUAGCCUGGGUUGGGGUGGAGAAGAAACGCGCCGUGCCCGCGCUCAACAGUGAGGAGCUUCACCAUUCCCUUCCGCCCAGCACCAUUGAGGAACUCGGAUCGCCCUUGCCAGUGCCACACAAGCGUAGACGGAAUGCCGAGGCGCUUGUACAGCGGACGCUGCAUAGAGCACAAGAAGGCAGACAAAGAUCGGUGUCUCUCACGAAUAUGAAUGCGCCCUCCCUCCCUCACGGUGACCCACCAGUACACGCAGGUAGACCUCAGGAUGCUCCGUUAGUGUGAGGGGGUAUCGGGGGGGCUCGAACAUUCGAUGAUAACGAUUGGAUCUCGCUGUCUCAGGCGCGCUCUCAAUUGCCGUCACCGAGGCCUCGUCGUGAAGCGUAGCACGGGCAGAAGUAACGCCCAAUUUGCUCUCCCAGCUAGCCAGGGCGUCAUGAGUGGCGACAAGGGGCUCAUCGAAGUGUGGUUCAUAGCCAACGUGCGCAAGCCACGCCAGAGUGAAUGCUCGGUAUCUGAGACACAACCACACACGAGAGAGGUACACGAUGGGCGAUGCACAAAUCUCUGUGCCUUUCUCUUGCGUGUGUGCGUACACGUCAUGACUCUCGUUUGUAGAGCUCUUCAUCGCAAGAUACUCGUGCCACAGGCGGAACUGACGAAAGGCCGCCCCAUUCCCACUGUUACGAAUCGAUUCCUCCAGCCUCUCGAUUUGACUCCCUCUCUCUCGCCAGUUUGCCAGACAUCCGGCCUCCUCCUGCUCGAGCUGCAAUUUCAGCUUGCCAAUGGCAUCAGACGGGGCAGCCGCGGCCACAGCGGCGUCACGCAGUUGGCUGAAGAUUGUGUGGGUGACACCGAGCCCUCGAUCUGCUCUGUUCUCCAU